AUGAAUUUGGAGGAAUUGCAGAGGAUUCGAGGGAAAUUAAAAGCAACUGAGACUGUGUAAGGGUUUUUUUUGAGAAGAAAGAUUUAUCACGGUUUAAUUUAAUUUAGCGUAACAUCUCCGACAGGCGAAGUAACAAUAGAAGAUCGACAUGAAAAGUGAGUUUUUCACUGGAAAUUUUGGAAACGAAAAGUUUUCAGCGAUGAAAAAAUUGUUUCAAAUCGUCGAAAAAAGAAGGUUGAAUAUUUGAAAAGAUGUGGAUUUGUUGUUGAUUUGGAGCCCGAUUUAAAAGUUGGAAAAGCUAUGGAAAAUGUGUAUUUUGGAAGUCAAGAUGUGGCGGCGGAUUUGGAGAUUUUGCAGAAAUUUGGGAUAACACAUAUUUUGAAUGUUGGAACUGGAAUUCCUAAUCAUUUUCCGGAAAAGUAAGGAUUACCUGAUUGUUAGGUUUGCGUUAGUAUUGAGAUUUGAGAAUUGGAAAGAAAUUAAAUGAAAUGUGGAAGGGUUUUAGGCCACGUCAUUUAUUAUACACGUCUGAAUAUUAAAAAUGUUCAUUUCAAAAUUAAAAACAGCAAAACAGUACUGUAAUUUAAAUGGUAUAAAUAUGCAUAUUUGUUUUAUCACUUUCAGCCUAAUUUUUUUUCCAGAUUUUCCUAUCUCAAAAUCGAUAUCCUUGACUUGCCUGAAACCCGAAUCCUCAACCAUUUCCCCGAAAUUUUCAAUUGGAUCGAUAAUCUGACUUCCGUCCCUGAUUGUGAAAAUAAUGUAUUUAUUCAUUGCAACGCUGGAAUUUCCCGUUCUGCCACAAUAACUAUAGGAUAUUUGAUGAAAAGUCUGAAAAUUGAUCUGAAAACCGCGCUGGAAAUUUGCAAAGCUCAGCGACCGAAUGUGAAACCAAAUGCGGGAUUUAUGAAACAACUCGAGGAAUUUGACACAUUUCAAAAAUAA